AUGGCAUCCCUAAGACUGCUAUAUGCCUUUUUUGGCCUGAUUCUCGCGUUGGCCGUGUCGCCUGCUAGCGGAAGAUGCACUCCUAGUGUUUCAAGUAUCUCGCACUCCAAUGGAACUUGCAAAAACCCAAGUCAAAGAAAAGCAUGGCAUACACUUGAAGACAAUGAGAAGCAAGAAUACCUCGACGCAGUGAAGUGUCUCUUCAACUCGCCCCCUAAAGCAAACAUCACUGGAGCCAAGAACCGAUAUGACGAGCUGCAUUGGGUUCACAUUCAUCAGUCCAACAUAAUCCACGGUGUGGGCGCGUUUCUUCCCUGGCACCGUUACUACAUGCGGGUAUACGAGCAGGUUUUGCAAACCGAGUGCAACUAUACAGGAGGUCAACCGUAUUGGGACGAGCAGCGUGAUGUUUCACUCGAUCCGUCGCUCGCUGCUGCGUCGGUCUGGGGCGCGGACGAUCUGAGUUUUGGAACUGCCUCCAACGGCUGUGUAACCGACGGCGCAUUUGCCAACACUACUUUGCACCUCAAUCAGCUUUGGGGAGUUGCCAACUAUUCUUCGUACUGUCUAAGCCGAGAGUACGAUGAAUCUUACUGGAGCUGGGCAAAUACCUCUUAUGCGGAUGCUUGCAUGGCUACGACAAAUUACAGUGACGCAUGGCAAUGCUGGGUUGCUAAGCCCCACAGCUCUGCUCAUUUGGCAGUAGGCGGCACACUGUCCGAUCAAGCUGGAAGUCCCGGUGAUCCCCUCUUCUUUUUGCACCACGCCAACCUCGAUCGACUUUGGUGGAAAUGGCAGUCCCAGGACCUGGAAACUCGUCUUGUAGAGAUGAAUGGACAGAGCAUUCCUUCGCUGUCAGACCUGACGACAAACGGGUGGCUUUUCCCAUCCAGCAGUGUCAUGGACUACGACAAUGAUGAGUAUAACACGACUACGUUGAAUCACAAUCUUUGGAUGGUCGGCAUCGUGCCUAAUACCACAAUUGCCGAAGUAAUGGAUAUCCGUGGGGAGACAAUUUGCGCCGAAUAUAUUGAAGCACAAUAG